UGCAUCGAAAGAUAUGUCAGAGUGUUGGUCUUUUACUAACCUCAUGCCGUGGCGCGUGGACGUUUGAGGAAGUGAAGAUAGGUGUCGUGUUUGAAAUAAUAUAAAUUAAAUAGUGAUCUAAAAUGGCUGAAGUUGUAACAAAGGAAAAGAAGAAAAAGAAAAUUAAACAGGAGCCAGUAGAUACUGACGUUGGUGAGCUUCAAAAGUCAUGUGAAUUUGCCGUGAAGCCUUCUUCAAAAGCUGCUGUGCUCGAUACGUCACAAUGGCCACUUUUAUUAAAGAAUUUUGAUAAAUUAAAUGUGCGCACAAAUCACUACACGCCAUUGGCAAAUGGAGCGUCACCUCUUAACCGCGACAUUAGGGAAUAUAUUAAAUCUGGAUAUAUCAAUGUGGAUAAACCAUCAAAUCCUAGCUCACACGAGAUUGUAGCAUGGAUAAAGAAGAUUCUAAAAUGCGAAAAAACUGGGCAUUCUGGCACGCUCGAUCCGAAAGUAACAGGCUGCCUGAUUGUUUGUAUUGAUCGUGCGACACGACUUGUAAAAUCACAGCAGAGCGCGGGAAAGGAGUACGUAGCUGUAUUUAAAUUGCAUAGCCCAGUAGAAUCGGUUGCAAAAGUACGUCAGGGUUUAGAGAAAUUGCGUGGAGCACUAUUCCAACGUCCACCACUUAUUUCAGCUGUUAAACGCCAGUUGCGAGUGCGUACUGUCUAUGAUAGCAAAUUGUUGGACUACGAUGAAAAGCGUCAAAUGGGUGUUUUUUGGGUUAGUUGUGAGGCUGGUUCAUACAUACGUACCAUGUGUGUACACUUGGGUCUAGUGCUAGGAGUAGGUGGUCAAAUGCUGGAACUGAGACGUGUACGCUCCGGUAUACAAUCGGAACGUGAUGGUAUGGUGACUAUGCAUGAUGUGCUCGAUGCAAUGUAUUUAUAUGAGAAUCAUAAAGACGAAUCAAUGCUUCGACGAGUAAUUAAACCAUUAGAAGGCUUGUUGAUUAAUCAUAAGCGUAUUAUCAUGAAAGAUAGUUCGGUUAAUGCAGUUUGCUAUGGUGCCAAAAUUAUGUUACCUGGUGUAUUACGUUAUGAAGAUGGCAUUGAAAUGGAUCAGGAAAUUGUGAUCUGUACCACAAAAGGUGAAGCUGUUUGCUUAGCAAUUGCACAAAUGACUACUGCGACAAUGGCCUCUUGUGACCAUGGUGUUGUUGCUAAAAUAAAGCGUAUCAUAAUGGAACGUGAUACAUAUCCACGUAAGUGGGGUUUGGGUCCUAAAGCAUCAGCUAAGAAAGCACUUAUAGCAGCUGGUAAAUUGGAUAAGUUUGGUCGGCCAAAUGAAAAUACACCAAAAGAGUGGUUAACUGGCUUUGUUGACUAUAACUCAAGGAAACCUGCCUCAGUACCAGCACAGUCUUCCCCAGCAAAUGGUAAUGAUGAGGAAACGAAGAAGCGCAAGCUAAGUACAUCUAGUGCGGAGGGAACUUCAGCGUUACCAACAGAGAAAAGCGAAAAGAAGAAGAAAAAGAAAAGUAAUAUUGCAGAAACUGGAGAAACUGACAUGCCUGCAGCUGAUGAAGCACCUGAAGGUGAAAAGAAAGAGAAGAAGAAGAAAAAGAAGAAGGAUAAAGAUAAAGAAAGAGUUCAAGAAAAUGAAUAAAAAUCAUUUGAACUGUCGGCUUCGAAUCUAAAGACUCCUCCACUUCAAUCAUAUGCAGCAUAUUUGAUUGAACACCCUUUUAAAUACACAUAAAAUAGGAGAAGAUCGAAUCCUAGAUUAAUCCUUUAGAAGGAAUAUUUACUCUCCAUAUAUACUGAUAUAUUCAGGAUGCGGUUACGAAGCCUAAAAACAAGAAUAAAAUAAACAAUUACCAUUCUCCAUACUUCCAUUAAGGAUUAGAAACAGUUAGUGAAGGAAAUGUGAAGUGCGUAAAGUCUGAGUAGAUGUCUUUUUGUAAAGCACUCUAUUUUGUACAUUGAUUUAAGUAACUUCAAUGCAUUUUACAAUCUAGAUGUAUUAUAUUCCUAUGUACGUAAUGUGUUAGAAUGUAAACCUAUACAAACUAGUUUAUAAUGUUAGCCAUAAGUAAUUAUAUUUUGUAAGUUUUUACUUAAUAGAUAUAUUCUAUAGAUAUGAAUAUAGAAGUUCUAUAAAAUACAAUUCUGAAAGCAAGUAA